AUGGGCUUUAAUUUUGGUCAAAAAUUAACCCCACUUUUCAAUCUUUGCGACCCUUCCGGUCUGGCCGUCACCCGUAUUGUCAUUGGCGUUUUAUUGCUAAUCGAUAUCGUGUAUGAAAGAGGGCUUUCGAGGGCUGAGACGAUAUGGAGUGAUCCAAAUGAGUGUCGAUUCCCACUAUUCGAUGCUCUGGAAGUGCUUCCGUUCAGAUGGAUGUGUGCCAUAUAUGCCCUAAUGUUCAUCGGAAAUGUAGGCAUAAUAUUAGGUCUUAAGUACAGAAUUAGUUGCAUUGUAUACCUCAUGUGUUACUGGUAUUUGUUUUUGUUGGACAAAAGCCGAUGGAAUAAUCACUCUUAUCUUUUUGGCCUUUUGGUGACAUUGCUGUCCACAACUGAUUCACACUAUAUAUGGUCUUUAGAUAACUUUUUAGAGAAUAAGAAUUUAAAUGAAAGACAAAUUCCGUUUUGGCAGUACUUUCUUAUAAGAAUUUAUUUUAUGGCUGGACUCAAGAAGAUUGACGCCGAUUGGCUCAAUGGCUAUUCUAUGAACAAUCUAUCAGACCAUUGGGUUUUCAGUCCUUUCAGUAUUUUAUUGCCCAAUGAGAUGAUUGACUUAUAUGUUGUCCAUUUGGGAGGAUUUGUAUUUGACUUAACGAUUGGAUUCUUUUUGGUGUGGAAUAAAAGUCGAUUCUUUGCUUACUUUUUCUGCCUUCUCUUUAAUUCAAUGAAUUCUCGACUCUUUUCUAUAGGAAUGUUCCCAUAUGUGAUGAUCGCAAUAAUGCCAGUGUUUAGUGCCCCGGAUUGGCCCAAACAACUCAUUCUUAUGUUUAAAACAAAAAUUUUAAAGUCUGUUCAAAAGGAUAGCCAAAGAAAAGUAGUGACAACUCAUGAGAAAAGCAAAUAUUUUGCAAAACAAAAAGCAUUGACGAAGAAAGAGAAGAUAACGUGGAUAUUAAUUAUGGGAUAUCUCUCGACUCAAUUAUUUCUACCGCAUUCCCAUUGGAUUACCAAAGGAUACAACACAUGGACUAAUGGCUUAUAUGGCUAUUCCUGGGAUAUGAUGGUUCAUAAUUGGAGACACAUUCACACCACAGUCACUGUUGUCGACAAAUCGAUGCGAAAGUUUUAUCUCAAUCCCGAGACAUGGACUAAGAGUAUGCGAUGGAGCCAUCACUCAGAUAUGGUUAAACAGUACGCUCUGUGUGCUCACAAGCGUCUCAUCAAAGAGUUUAACAUAACUGAUCCGUCCAUUCAUAUCGAUUCGUGGAUAUCAUUGAACGGACGAUUCGCGCAGAGAGUAUACGACCCUCGCGUCGAUUUAGUUCGCGCCGAGUGGUCACCAUUCAAACGGCCCGAUUGGGUGCUUCCCAUACUCUCCCAUCUGACCGAUUGGCGGCACAGACUUAAACAAUAUGAACACAAUCUAUACAAACAAAAUGAUUACAAUUCAGUCAUAUUUAUCGCCGAUUUUCCAGGCUUAACGCUAAACAAUUACAUCGGCUCUGAGUUCGGCAACACAUCACUCACUGUACUCAAGGGUUGGCUGAAGAUAGAGGUGGACGACGACCACUACACUCGCAUUAUGAGUGCCGGCGAUCACAUGACACUUCCAGUCAAACGCUUCCAUAGAGUGACACCAAUCAAGUCAGAGGCGGCCGCCUAUAUGUUCACUCAUAUCAAUGCAACCAAUUCUCUGGUCAAUGAUAUUCAAAGUAAACCAAUUGAUGUGAAACAAGACAUUGCGGCCAAAGUGGACGAUAAGAAUGCAUGGAUUAGAAGUCUAAAUAUGUAG